CACACUGACAUUGUUUGUUACGUGUGUCGUGUCGAGACUAGAGAGGUAUAGCGGAAAAUUUCCAUUUUUACUUUUCUAGUUUAAUAUUCAAUAUCACAUUAACCGUGUAUGUUUAAUUAGAUAAUCAAUCAAAAUGUAUAAAGUAUAUACGAGAUCUGGCAGUUAUUUCCAGAGUAAACAAUAUUUGCCGAAUUCAUUGUUUGGUGGUUUUACUAACAAUGUCGGACAGGACAUUAACCGUAUACACGUCACUACGGGCCUCAAAUUUCCUCCGGCUGCUGCCCUAAAACUGCCGACGAAUGUAGUUGAUAUAAAUGCGUCCGAAAUGAGUAGAUUUUCCCCGAUGAGGGAACGAGACAUUUCUGGACCGGUUAUUAGCUCAUGCUACAAAAAACAGAACGAUUUUGGCAAAAUUGACAUCACUGUUCAAUCAGAUCCUCAUGUUAACAAAUAUGAUUGCCGAGGAGCCGUUAGUUUGUCAUCAUCUAUGCAGAGCAAUGUUCCCAGCCCAUUCAGUGGAAAUCAUACUCACCUCAAUAUGCCGGGUUCACAGUGGGGACAAGGAUAUAAGUAUUUAUCUGAUCACCUUCAUGGAGCCCAUUAUUUGACUCUAAGAAAUGAGUACCGUGCAAGAGUUUCAAGUGACGCUGUUGGAAUAAGACUUAUGAGCACAGAUACAAAACCUCAAAUGAGUUCUAAAGAAAAGUUCAAAAAUGCUAUCAAAGAGUAUGGCUCAACAGUGGUCGUUUUUCAUGUGGGCAUUUCCUUGAUAUCAUUGGGAACAUGCUACCUUCUAAUAUCUAGCGGAGUCGAUUUAGUAGCAAUACUAAAGUAUCUCAAUAUAAGUGAAGGCACUAUUCUGAAGGCGGCCGGAUCAAAUGCGGGUACAUUUGUAGUGGCGUAUGCAGUGCACAAAUUUUUUGCUCCUUUCAGGAUAGCAAUAACAUUGACUGCAACACCAUUCAUUGUACGAUAUUUAAGAAGUGCUGGCUUUUUGAAGCGCGCUGUGUCUUCUGGUGGAGGGAAACAAGUCUAAUAAAGUAAUAUCAUAUGA